UUUGGGAGAGCCGGCGGUGACGACAGGAGUGGAGCUCUCUGUAUACCCAGCAUGGACGACUACACAGUCCUGAGAGUGAUUGGCCAAGGCUCCUUCGGCAGGGCUCUUUUGGUGCUGCAGGAAAGCAGCAAUCAGAAGUUUGCCAUGAAGGAAGUAAGACUUCUCAAGUCUUUCACUGAUAUACAGAAUUCUAGGAAAGAGGCUAUUCUGCUAGCGAAAAUGAAACACCCCAAUAUUGUUGCCUUUAAAGAGUCAUUUGAAGCUGAAGGGCAUCUGUAUAUUGUGAUGGAGUAUUGUGAUGGAGGAGAUCUAAUGCAGAAGAUUAAACAGCAAAAAGGAGAGUUACUUCCUGAAGAUACGAUACUUAACUGGUUCAUACAAAUUUGUCUUGGAGUAAAUCACAUUCACAAGAAACGUGUAUUACACAGAGAUAUCAAGUCCAAAAAUGUCUUCCUCACCCAAAGUGGGAAAGUGAAAUUGGGAGAUUUUGGCUCUGCCCGCCUCCUCUCCAGUCCCAUGGCCUUUGCGUGUACAUACGUGGGAACACCUUAUUAUGUGCCUCCAGAGAUUUGGGAAAACCUGCCUUAUAACAAUAAAAGUGACAUCUGGUCCUUAGGAUGCAUUCUAUAUGAACUCUGCGCCCUGAAGCAUCCGUUUCAGGCAAAUAGUUGGAAAAAUCUUAUCCUGAAAAUAUGUCAGGGGCCCAUCCACCCACUGCCAGCUCAGUAUUCCUACAAGCUUCAAUGUCUUGUCAAGCAGAUGUUGAAAAGGAGCCCUUCGCAGCGUCCCUCCGCAACUACCCUGCUUUGCAGAGGCAGUUUAGCGCCACUUGUCCUGAAGUGCUUGCCCCCUGAGAUCAUCAGAGAGUAUGGAGAGCAAAUACUGGAUGAAACCAAAAUAUCUGAGCCCAAGAAACUGAAAAAAGGGGACCCCAGCAGAAUCAAGAGAGCUCCGAGGGAGGAAGCAAAUGCCAUGCAAGAGGAAGAACAUGAUAGAAAAUGUAGCCAUACUGAAUUGGAAAGCACUCAUACAAACUCAGUUGGAAGUGCAUUGAGGAGAGGAAAUCUGGAAUCAGGUAAUCCAUCAGUGCACCAGAGGAGUGUUGCUUCAGCAAGCCUUCCUAGGCAGCAGUGGGAGAGACAUGUUCCCAGUUCAUCUCUAACAUUUUUAGAAAAAGCACCCAUCCUUACCUCCAGUUUCACGGCACAGGAUGACAGAGGUGGUUCUGUAAUAAAGUACAGUGAACAUCAUACCCGUAAGCAGUGGCUCAGAGAGCCCCCCGAGACCUUGUUGUCAAUGCUGAAGGAUGCUGAUCUCAGCCUGGCAUUUCAAACAUACACAAUAUGUAGACCAGGUACAGAAGGGUUCUUGAAAGGUCCCCUUUCUGAAGAAACAGCAUCAGACAGUGUUGACGGAGACCAAGAUUCCGUUGUUUUGGAUCCAGAGAGAUUUGAACCUCGGCUGGAUGAGGAAGACACGGACUUUGAGGAAGAUGAUGAGAACCCUGACUGGGUGUCAGAACUAAAGAAGCAAGUGGGAUGGCAGGACGUAUGUGAUGGGAAACUCCUCGGAUAAUGUACCUGAGUCAUGUGGGGAGACACUGAUGACUGGGGAUGGAAUGAAGACUGAGAAAAUGUACCACAAUGUGCCCUUGUGAGUUUGUUUUUUAACAUGGGAGGUGUAGAGAUGCUAUGUGCCUUGCAUUCUGAUAGAACAAAGGUAGAGUGCUAGGCUGCUGGCUAACUUUGUGUGUGAUAAUAGGAAAUUACUUAACUCCUUUGAUCCCUCAUUUUCUCAACUAUACAAUGAGAAUAACAUUGCCCACCUCCUAGGAAUGCUAAGACAGUUAUAGCAACCCAUUUGUUGUUAUCCAUGGUUUCUAUGUGACACAUUUCCUAAACGGAUCUAAUUAUAUUAAAUUGUGACAUAAAAAUGUGUGCCACUUUUCAGUAAAUACCCAAUUUGGUGAUGCUUCAA